AUGGACUUCAGCUACACGCCGCUCCCGGAAGAUGGCCCUGGACCCUUCUUCGUGCGCCUGCGCAUUGGGAGCUUCGUGGUGGGAGGCGCAGCGGCACGGAUUUUUGACAGCAAGCCCUUUCAGAGCAAGACGAAGAGAGCCAUCAAGGAGGCUGAGGAAGAUGUGGCCAUGCAGGCCCUGGCUGAUCUGUACGCGAAGGAGGUCAACUUGCCGCAACAGCCUCCCACGGCGAGGACGCAGACGCCAGCCGAGGCGACUGGGACACGGGGAGCUGGAGAUCUGGCGAAGAGUGUGGAGGUUGAGGAGGCCGUGUACACGGCCGUUUUCCUGGAUAGCGCGAGCCAACAGGCUUUGAUGGACUUUGGCGCGAAAUCCGUCCCGGGAGGAAUUCCAUCGGAGUGGACACAGUUCUGCGAUCACAUGACGAUCUGCCUCGGCUCUUUGUCCAAUCCGAAAACACCUGAAGACAAGGACGGGCUAGUUGCCGAGACCGUGCAGAAAGAUCUCGAUGAGUAUGAGGAGGGACAGGAGUUCGAACUACAAGUGGUGUCACUGGGACGCGACGAGAGUGUGCUGGCUGUUGGAGUGGUUGGCUGCAGCUCCUGCAACAGAUACCCGCACAUUACCGUGGCCACGGCACCGGGAAGCAAGCCAAGUCAAAGCAACGACCUGAGGGACUGGACGCCGUUGUCUCCAGAAGAGCAGUUCACUUUGAAGGGAGUUUUGCAGCAGAAGUCCAAGCUGUCGACGGCCCAGAAACCCGAGGACGGUGUCUUGGAGCCUCUACCCCCACAGCCGACAGCGCCUGUGGUUCUCGUCCGGCCGGAUGGCAAGGACACUUUGGGCUAA